AUGACUAAACUCAUCAAACCACACCCUCCACAUACUCCUUCUAGGACGAAUGCUCAUACCAAUGAGUCAAAAGAGAGUGAAGAAGUCCAAGAGCCGAAAGAUUCCAAACCUGUGGCUUUUCCAACCACGAGCGACGCUAGUCCUUUUUCUACUCCAUCGAAAUUCUCUAAAUUCCACAGGUCUUCGAGGCAUUCGACUUCCUCCACCUCCUCCUCCGAUAACCAAGACGACCAUGACGGUCUGAGACUGCGGAAACCCAGUUUGCUCAAGACAGUAAAACGUGUCAGCACGAAGCAGUUGCGGAGUAUUUCGUCUACGUUGACGAAUUCUGCUCAUCGAAUCACUUUACAUGGGCAUGGGCAUGGUCAUCAUAUCGACCAUUCUUCUGAAUCCUCAGAGUCAUCUCAACUGUCCGAACCUUCUCAUUUAACCCAGUCAUUCGAUUCGUCUCACCUAGCUCCUUCACCUCAUUCAUCACAGUCCGCCGAACACCCUGAAUUGGCAGAAGCGAAUUCAUAUUCAUCUUCCAAAGACACACGUCGCCGUCGUGUUUCCCUUCCCUCUUUCCGACUAUUACGUCCUUCUAGCUAUUCUCGGUCACGUACGGGGAGUAAUGUUGGUUCCGUCCCUUCUUCGACAGUAACAUCCCUACCAGUACCACCCGUUCCUGCGAAUCUCGAUAUAGGAGUUGGUAGGUCGCAUUCGAGUCCUAGUAUCUCAACCGAGCGCAACAUCGAGUCGACUGUUCUGCCGCCUGUGUUAGCUUCACCCUCAGUCACUCCAACAAUGAUGACUGCCACGCCAACUUCGCCGACACCGAUGGCUGUUUCGGUCCCAGCAGCAUUGAGCGCUGAUGGCGAGGGCCGAGAUACCAAGGAUUUCAGGGCCACAUCAUUAGUUACUGGGGACGAUUCGUUUCAUCAUGCUGAUGCGCAGGAAGCGCGGCCUCAUCCUCCGGGUCUAUUAGUAUCAGUGGAACUAGUGCCGACGAGUCCGAUUACUAGCAAUGAAAAAGCUAAGGCGCAGACGCCUUCAAUGGCCAGUCGAGGUGUUACGGAAGAUGACACAGCGGCUUCGCUGCCUCCACUACCCUCGUCAUCUCGAUCCAUCGUAUCAGUUUCGAGUUUCUUCUCUUACACUCUUCCUCCUUCUGCUUCUCCGAAUCAUUACAGCUGGACUGAUGAUAUCGAUGAAAAAAAGGGGAGUGAAGAUGAAAGCGAAGAUGAAGAUGAAGAUAGUGACGAUGAUUCGGAAGAGCAUAUCAAAACAGAGAAGGAUCUGAAUAGAGUCGGCUCACAUCGAGUGUCAGAAGGACCUUUCAUUUCCAGUGUCUUCAUCCUCGUCCCGGUGUUCAGCGUACGGCGGCCUAUCGGGUUCUAUCUCACCUGGUGGCUAGGUCGAAAUGUUUAG